UUUUUUUUUGUAUCUUUUUAGUAUUAGAGAAUUUUUCAACGAAUAGUAAUUCUAAACAAACAGAUAAUUCUUUAUUUUAUACUGAUAUUAAUCAUACAUUACCAAGUCUCGUUCAACAAGAAACAAUAAAUCAUGUAUCAUUCGAACCUCCUAUAAUUUCUAAACCAAAAAAAGUAUCCUAUGCAAGUACAGAUGAAGAUGUUGAUGAACUUAGUUCACAUUAUAUUGAAGAUAUGAACGAAUCAAUAACAUUGAUUAAAAAUUCUCCUGAACAAUCCAAUCUACAAGAUGAUAUCGAUCUUAAAAGAUCAUCUAUAGAAUCUUCACAAAUAACUGUUGAUUCUGGAGUUGAUAUAAUCAGUGAACAAAAACUUUAUCAACCAAAUAUAACAAUUCCUAUUGAUGAACAAUCAUCCGAAGAACUAACAAAUCAAAAUGGUAUUUUAACAUUAUCAGAAGAUUCAUUAGGUGAUAUUGAAUUAAAAUUAUCUACAAAUAAUGUAUUAUUACCAAAUCAAAUAAUAACAGAAAAUAGCGAGCAUACAACUGAACAUGAUACUUAUUUUUCAGCUAAAAGUGAAUUAUGUACAGACAAAGAUUUAUAUAGUGGUUAUGAACUUGAAAGUAUUACAGAUGAAGAUGAUGAUUAUUUAAAAGACGAUGAUUUAAAUGAAUUUAUUAUAACAUCUGAAUGUACAUCAUCAUCACCAACAUCUCAACCGCCUACAUCUUCUUCUUCUAUUCCUCCUGAAUUCGAAUUUAAAUUACCAUCAUUUGGUGAAUGGAUUAAUCGUGCAUUUAGUACAUUUCUUUCUGAAACAGAUAAAAAUCCAAUUGAACCAAUAUUAUCAAGUCGUUCAUCAUCCGAUGUAUCAAUACAUGGUUCACAUAGUACAAUUAAUACAUUAUCCUCAUCACAUGUUGUAACUGUUCUUGAAAAUCAAAAUAUAUCAAAAAAUGAAUCUAUUAAUCUUUCUCAGGCACAAUCAUGUUCACCCGACGACGAUGAACAAGAUGAUGAACAUAGUCUUAAUGACAUGUCAAGUUCAAGUUUAAACAGUGAAAAGGUCGAUUUUGAUACAUAUAUUAUCGAUAGCAAUUAUGAAAAGAUCAAUCCUUCAAUAACAAAUGAACAAAAUGAAAUUCCUUUCAUUACAAAACGAUCAAAAUCAUUAUUAUCAUCAAUCACAUCAUCGAUUGAAAAUGAUGAUCAAGGUGAGCUUUUAUUAUUAUUAGCAAUAUAG